AUGUGAAUUUAAAAAUUUUUGCCCUUUAAUAUUUAUACUUUCUCCACUCUCUCACUCUACACGCUUCAAAUAUUUUCUCUUUCUCCUCACCAUUCAGAGAGAGAGAACCUCACUUCCUCACUCACUCUUCGCCGUCGUCGUCUCUUCUCUUCUAAAUAUAUAGAAAAUGGCCGAUGCUGAGGAUAUUCAGCCUCUCGUUUGUGACAAUGGAACUGGCAUGGUGAAGGCUGGGUUUGCUGGUGAUGAUGCUCCCAGGGCAGUGUUUCCUAGUAUUGUGGGCAGGCCAAGACACACUGGUGUCAUGGUUGGGAUGGGGCAGAAAGAUGCCUAUGUAGGUGAUGAGGCCCAAUCUAAAAGAGGUAUUCUUACUUUGAAAUACCCCAUUGAGCAUGGUAUUGUGAGCAACUGGGAUGAUAUGGAAAAGAUCUGGCAUCACACUUUCUACAAUGAGCUUCGUGUUGCCCCCGAAGAGCACCCAGUGCUUCUCACUGAGGCACCCUUAAACCCCAAGGCUAACAGAGAGAAGAUGACCCAGAUUAUGUUUGAAACAUUCAAUGUCCCUGCCAUGUAUGUUGCUAUCCAGGCCGUUCUGUCUCUCUAUGCCAGUGGUCGUACAACUGGUAUUGUGCUGGAUUCUGGUGAUGGUGUGUCUCACACUGUGCCAAUUUAUGAGGGUUAUGCACUCCCACAUGCAAUUCUUCGUUUGGAUCUUGCUGGUCGUGAUCUCACUGAUGCAUUGAUGAAGAUUCUUACUGAGAGAGGUUACAUGUUCACCACCACUGCUGAACGGGAAAUUGUCCGUGACAUGAAGGAGAAGCUUGCCUAUGUUGCCCUUGACUAUGAGCAAGAACUUGAGACUGCUAAGAGCAGCUCUUCAGUUGAGAAGAACUAUGAGCUGCCAGAUGGCCAAGUCAUCACUAUUGGAGCUGAGAGAUUCCGAUGCCCAGAAGUCCUCUUCCAGCCAUCACUCAUCGGUAUGGAAGCUGCUGGUAUCCACGAGACCACCUACAACUCCAUCAUGAAGUGUGAUGUUGAUAUCAGAAAGGAUCUCUAUGGUAACAUCGUUCUCAGUGGUGGAUCAACCAUGUUUCCUGGUAUUGCUGAUCGUAUGAGCAAGGAAAUCACAGCCCUUGCUCCAAGCAGCAUGAAGAUUAAAGUUGUAGCUCCCCCAGAGAGAAAAUACAGUGUCUGGAUUGGAGGAUCAAUCCUUGCAUCGCUGAGCACCUUCCAACAGAUGUGGAUUUCUAAGGGUGAGUACGAUGAGUCGGGUCCAUCCAUUGUCCACAGGAAGUGCUUCUAAGUUGUCAAAGUUCUUUGAUGGUGAGUUCCUUUUGCAUUUCGUUGGUUUUUGUGUCUGUGUCAUGUGGACUCAUGCCGGUCGACGUGGAGAAGUGUCAGAGGUCAGGAUUGGGGUUGUCAUUGAAGGGAGAGUGUAAUUACUAUAUUGUUGUAACAUAAAAGCCUCUCUUCUGGUCUUUUAAUUUGAAUGGUUCCUCGGGAUUUGAUGGACAAAUUCACACUUACAUCAUCUUGGGGUUCACCCAUAUCGUCUUUUUUAGUAGGAAUGCAUGUAGUUGGAGAUGAAGAGUGGUUGUGAUGCUUUUGCCUUUCUUAUUCUAAAAUUUUCGUAUUUGAAGGGCUUAUUUUAUUUUAUUUUCCCUGAGAACAAUUAAUGUUAAUAGUUAUUGUAUGAGAAACUUUAUCUUUAGUGUUUUGCUUGC